AUGUGCACCACAAACAUCUACACAUACGUCCACCCCGAUGGACGGCGCGAGCAGUGGUCUCAACCGACGCUCUGCGCAAACUCUCGCCAUGGACAGGUCUGCGCUAGCAACUUUCUCUUUGAGCACCCAGUCCAAUACGUUACCGCUCCCUACGAUGCUUCUUCUUACCCUUAUGCUACUCAACUCCCUCCUACGCCUCAGUAUAGCCCUGCUCCCUCUACACCGUCGGGCUCAUACCGCUCUGGAGAUGAAUCAGACCGCUCGUACACCAGCAACUCUAGCAAGAAGAAGCGAUCAUCUGGAGUCUACAUCAACGGUCAGAAGGUUCUUGAUCUGAACCGUCGUGAGCGUCGACCAAGCUCUCGUCACCAGGAGAGAAUUGUCUUGGUCGAUAGCCCCCCUACACCACGCACUCCUCCCCAGCAAUGGAAUGCCCCUCACACUGCCCCCGCAUCACCCAUCUCAAACACAUACAUCGUUGACUCUUCACGGGACCCUAACAAGCGCCGUCCUGUCAUCGUUGAUGAGCGAACUCUUCAGCCUGACCAGCGCCGUGUCCAAAUUGAAGUCGUUGACAACCACCACCGCUCCAAGCACCACCGCCACUCUUCAAGCGGCUCCAGAAACUCCGACCAAGAGGAAGAGCGUCGCCAACGCCGUCGCGAGGAGAAGCGCCGAGAGGAAGCUGAGCUCCGUCUCCGCACUCGCAUCGCAGAGGCCAAUGCAAAGAUUGCCAGCAGACCUGUUGCCCCAGCUCCAGCCCCUCCCAAGCGCUCCGCUACUUACAAGCGCCCCUCCGUCGAAGUCAUCGACAGCCAGGCAGUUCUCACUGAAGAGCUUCGCCGCUUGAGCUUUGAAGAGGAGCGCCGUGAGGACAAGGCACGCCGCCUUGCUCGUCGCGAGGAGAAGAAGGAGGAGGAGGCUCAACGCGAGCGUCUCCGUGAGCGCAUGCAGCCUAAGCGACGCCUUACAAUUGGCGCUGGCAGCAGACGGCCCUCUGAGAUGUACGAGCCAGGCGUGUACCGAUAUGAGUAA